AGUGAAAAAAUGAGAGUUUCUUUUUGUGGAUAUAGUUGCAGCGAAAUGAUGAUUGCGGUGGGUCCACUUUUCACAAUUCGAAUUUUAGCUUGACUAAUACUUGAUGAGGAUGAAUAUGUUGUGUUUUUUACUGUUUUGAUGGCUGAGUAGCUUCUUUUUUUUUUUUUGGGGUACAAUUGGUUGCUUAGCUGCAAUUAUUCUUACUCUUGUAUUGCUAAUUACUAUUUGUCUCUGAAAAAUCUUUUUGUUGAUACUCUAAGCUUGGGAAGUCUUAUAUGCUUGGAGACUAUAGGGUUAUGCAUUAUUUUGUAGUUAUGAGUAGGUAAUUUUUGAUCAGCUCAGAGUACUAGAUAUGAUUGGUGGUAGUAAUUUUGAUGUAUUAGCUCUGUUUUCCCAUUGCUUUGCAUCUGGAAUGGACAAACUCUCUUUGUAAGUUCAGUUUUGGUUAAGCCAAAUUUAAUGAGGCGUCAUUGAAGUUUACUAAUUUUAAGAUUCUCUUGAGCUAUUAUCAAUAAUGAGAGCGAAAAAAGCACAAUAUUUCUUAGCAUGUUACACAAUUUAUAGGUAUAGCAUCUACACUGGAUUUGUUAGUCAAGAUCGUUCUCGUUUCUGUGGAGAAGUGAUGGCAGUAGGCUUAUCAAUCUUAUCAUUUGCUUCCUGGAGCUGUGAACAAAUAUCUAUUUUUCAGUGCACACUUGUUGAACACGGCAAAAGUUAGGUCCAGGACACAAUCUCAUUUAUAGUGAGCUGGCAAAAAAGUGGCAGCUGUCAUCUCCUUCAUAAUUAGUAUAAGUGUUUGUAUUCCUUCUUUUUAUGGACAAAAAUGGAUGCACAUUCUUCAUUAUUCGUUCAGAGAACUGGUGAAAGUUUGAGUACCAUGGGUGCCUCUGGAGCUACAUCACCUUGUCUACCUAAUUUGCCUCCUCCUCUGGUUGAGAAAUACCCUCAGUUACCAGACUCCCUUCAUGUUACCUCAGAGCAGGUACUCUCAACAAAUACACUUCCCUCUCGUCCUGCUCCAUUGGCUUCUAGAAGUGGGGCAGUAGGGCAUCAGUUUUCAACGACUUCUGGGUUCCCCAGGGAUACUAAGUUUCCUCCAAUUUCACCUCAAGGCAGUCAAUCACAAAAUUAUCCCUUCCUUUCCAAGUCAUUAAGGGCUGAAACAUCUCUAGAAACCAUUCCCUCCUCCUUUUCGGGGGUUCAUUCUGCUCCAGUUGACAGUUACCACAUCGGAAAUGGCGGAAAUGGCAAUACAUCCUGGGGUAAAGAUGCCCUUCAAGACUUUCCUGACUUUUCUGGUAAUGUUCCCGUUCAGAAUGAUCAAGUAGAGAGCCUUAAAGGUGUUAUUGCAUCUGAAGACCAUGCUAAGAGAACUGAGUGGAAUGAAUGGGCAGAUGACCUGAUAUCUGUUGAUGACUCUCUAGAUUCCAAUUGGGGUGAUCUCCUUGUCGAUGUCAGCUUUCCCGAUCCAGAACCUAAGGUGUUGAAGUUGUCACCUGAAGUACCUUUGAGAGAGGCCCAGCCUUCUAGUCACACUCCUGUUUCAUCUGUACAGAGUAUUGAUGUUUCUAGUCCAUCGUCUGCUGCUCCAUUGGCGAAGCCUCGCAUGCGUUGGACACCAGAGCUUCAUGAGAUCUUCGUGGACGCUGUCAAUAAGCUUGGUGGUAGUGAAACAGGAGCUACUCCAAAAGGUGUCUUGAAGCAUAUGAACAAAGAAGGCCUCACAAUCUAUCAUGUGAAAAGCCAUCUACAGAAAUAUCGAACUGCCAGAUACAAACCAGAGCCAUCAGAAGGAACUACAGAAAAGAAGUCACCUACUGUUACAGACAUGACAUCUCUGGACUUGAAAACGACUACAGGAAUAACUGAAGCCCUAAGACUGCAAAUGGAAGUUCAAAAACAACUACAUGAACAACUUGAGAUCCAGAGAAGUUUGCAGUUGCGGAUUGAAGAACAGGGCAAAUACAUUCAACUGAUGCUUGAGCAACAGAAGAAGAUUGAGGAAGAAAGGUCAAAGAAGAAGGAUUCAAAUCCUGUUGAAGCUUCUCUCGCCCCAUCUAAAGCAGUAGAACCUUUACCUGAUGAUGAAAAAUCGGAAACGCUGGAGAAGAAUAAUGUAGCUAAAGCUUUAGAGAAGGAAAAUGAGGCCAAAGUAUUGAGCUCUGGUGAUGCUGGAGUUACAGCAGAACAAACUCAGACUCCUAAUAGGAAGCAGAAGUCCCCUGAGGGGAAAACAUCAGAGGAUAAUGACCAAGAUGGCAAUGCCUCCCCUGUAAAACGUGCAAAAGUCGAUGGUAGUUUGAACUCAUGAUAGCUAGUCUUGUAAUUGCUUUCAUAGUUUAGAUUGUAGGCGCGGGACAUCAUGGAUAAAGAUUGUGGAUUGUGGACUGUGGUGGAGAUGUUAUUGAAUUGACAAAAGAAUUGUGCAUCUAUUAAAAUGCUAGCUUGAUUUUUUUUAAAA